AGUACCGCGAGACAUGGACGGCAUCCCUUACGACAUCCCCAGUGUUAAGCAACGCGUGGUCGGCUGGCUUGAGGAGCUGCAGACCGAGGUGGAGCCGGGCAAGUGCAACAAGUACUUUGCCUCAUACAAGGUGACGGCGGCGGCCGACACGUGGACGCACAAUCGGCGGCGGCGGCGCGCGCAGGAGCGGCUGGGCGCCACCUCCGACCUGGAGCCGUCGCCGAGCUCGGCCGAGCUGACCGGCUCGCCCGACCCCGACUUCGACCACGAGCCGGACGCCGAGCCAGGCUCCGACCUGUCUGACCUGUCUUGGCGCUCGGACACCGCCGAGCCACCGCCCAAGCGGCCGCGCGCCGACUCCGAGUCGGCCGAGCCAGCGGCGGCCGCGGCCGAGACCGGCCCGGCGGCCAAGCGGCCGUGUCUGGAGGCGAGGCUGGGAGCCGUGUCGCUGGCCGAGCCCAAGCCGCGGCCGGCCCUCGUCUUCACGCUGUUCGUGCAGAAGAAGGGUCACGAUAUCCUGCUGCAGAUGACGUGCUGA